AUGGCAGGCUACGACGAGGCGCAACUGCGCAUGUUUGCCCUCCGCGCAAAGAGAAAUGAGGAGACGACGCUGGGGUUCAUGAUUACGCUGGGCACGAUAGGCAUUGCCUACAUAGUCUUUUACCUGGUCAGACAGUCCGGCCACUGGGUGAGACGAAGAUGCCGCGACCCGUCGUCAUCAUCUACGCUCGCUGCCCUACCUAGGUAUGCAACACGCCUCGCCUCAGAGUCAUCAUUCACAACUGACAUGCCUGGCUGUAGAAAAAUCAGAAAGCUGACCAUUCAACGUGCCGCCGGGGUGCCUUCGCUCGGCCACGGCGUCAUUACGACCUUGUUCCUGGCGCUCAACUUGGUUUGCACCUUUGCCAACUUGGACAGCACCAUGACCACCAUGACAAACAUUGCCUCGCGGACCGGCUGGCUGGCUAUUGCGAACCUCGUCGUCGUCAUCUUCUUCGCGCUCAAGAACACGCCCCUCGCCUUCUUGACGGCGUGGUCGUACGAACGGCUCAACUGCCUUCACCGCAUCGCGGGCUACGCCGCCGUCACGCAUCUCGUCGUCCACGCGGCCUGCUACUCUGCCUACUUUUGCAGCAUCAACUACUGCCAGAAACUGCUCGACUUGAACGACAUUUACGGAAUCGUCUCGGGGAGCUGCUGGGUGCUGCUCGCAUUGGCUGCCGUCUUCAUCCGGCGCUGGUGGUAUGAGCUCUUCUACUACCUGCACGUCGGCCUCUGGGUCGUGUCCAUUGUCACCCUCGGCCUGCAUCAACCUCUGUUGACCAAGAAGAUUGUAUACGGCACCAUUGUCGCCGGCUCCAUGUGGGGGCUGGAUCGUAUUAUUCGAUUCGUUCGACUCAUGGUGCACAGCAGCAACACGGCCACGCUUACGCCAUUGCCCAACGGAGGCACGCGCGUGACGUUGGCCAAAUCUCCCCUGGGUGCUCAUGCCGGGAAGCACUGCUUCCUGUGGAUUCCCCGGCUUCGGCUGUUCGAAACACAUCCGUUCACUCUUGCUUCGGCCGACCCUCUCGAGCUCGUGAUUGCCUCUCACAACGGCUUUACCGGAGAUUUGCACAAGUUUGCAACGGAGAACCCGGGGGUGUCUGUCAAGGCGUCCAUCGAAGGGCCGUAUGGCACCGUUCCCGACCCGUCGGCCUUUGAGACUGUCGUCUUGGUCGCUGGCGGUAGUGGCGCCAGCUUCACCUUUGGCUUGGCGAAUGCCUUGUUGCGCCGGACGACAGGGAGCAUGACGAAGCGCGUCAUCUUUGUGUGGGUGGUCAAGUAUAACUCAUAUUUGACCUGGUUCGCCCACCAUCUGGCCAACUUGAGAGACGACCCCCGAUUCGUGCUGCAGGUCUUUGUCACGAGAUCGGCGAAAGCGCUGCCGCCCUUGCCCGCUGGCUUCUCCGGUCCUCCGCCCGGGCAGUAUGAGACGGGCAUCGUCAGCGAGGUCCUGACGGAGAAGGGGGCGGUCCAUCGCGUUCGCCCAGUGGCGUCAGACUCGUCCAUCGACUUGGAAAAGUCGCAGCCGUCGUCGGACAACGAGUCUGUGUCGGGCGAGAGCUCAUACGGCCCGGUGGACUUGCGCAACAUUCCGAUACGGUACCACAAGCCCAACAUUACGGCGCUCAUCCGGGACGUGGUGGGCGGCACGCGUCCUCAUGAGCGGGUUCUCAUCACGGGGUGCGGGCCGGCUCAGCUGAUGGACUUGAUGAGGGAGACGACGGCGGAAAGUAUCCGGUCGGACGGGCCGAGUAUCGAGCUGCACUGCGAGGAAUUUGGAUGGUGA